AAGACCCAAUGAAAGCACUGGAUCUUCUGACUCAGGCGACGCAACAGAACACCGACUUUCUCUUCGAAAUGCCCGCAGAAGAGUCGGCGAGGCGGAACGAUGUAGGGGGCGCUACGACUUACAGAUACACAUUGUCUGUCCGACUGGGCUACCCGACCUCUUACUUUCCAAAAGCUCCUUUUAUACGCGCUGAACAUUUUGAUACAGCUAUUCCGUUCUUUGGAAUUUUUGAGGAACACCCCGAGAUAUACAAUUUGACUGCCGAGGAAUGGGAACUUAGUAGAAGCAUCAGGCGCUACAUUGCUAACUUUGCUAAGAAUGGUGACCCAAAUGAUGGUGACCCGGUCAGUGUCAAGUGGCCGGAAUACACGGCGUCUUCCAGACAAUUCAUCAACCUGGACACGCCCACCACCGUGGAAACAUUCGAUAGGGAGCGCCAGUAUCUGUUUGUCACUGAGGUGCUACCAGCAAUAGUUAAAGUGGGAAAAGAGGUCGACGAGGCUCUUGCACUUGCUCUAAAAGGAAAGAAACGCGGGACAAAAGGCUCGAAAAAAGGAAGAUCUCCAAGGUCCCUUAUCGGUGAACACCGUUUUAUUUAAGUGUUUAAUUAUCUAAAUGUUGUUUUAAUAUCUGGCGCUAACGAUUUGUUUUCAAAUGAAAGUGAAGUAUGUCCGGAUAGUAUCUCAUCCACAGCACAAUUGCGCCUGUAUUUCCAAUGGUUCAACAGGUUAAUACGAACAAGAACCGUGCAUUCAUUUUUUUUCAGUCGUAAUCAGGUUGCUUAGAACAAGGUCUACAUAAACAAUCUAUUGGCAUGCGACACGACUGCAAACAUUGAAGGAAUUACUACUGAUGGCAAUGGAAAGAAGCGUAUUGAAUUCAAGCCAACUGUUUUGUCUUUUUUCAGAAUUUUACGUUGAUGAUAUCUACACGUAUUUAUUGUUGUCUUUGAUUUGAUUUAUAUUUGUACAUGUUUUAUAUUGUAACCUAAUCAUUGUACUGCAGAUUGUUAUCUAAGUCUUCCAUCUACAAUCAAACUGGUACAAAGAUUUCGUAAUUGGAGGCCUUUUUUCUUUUGUGACGGUUUCGAAUAAUUGAAGUAAGCAAAGUGCCACAAAGCUUUUUUUUGAUAUCAGGGUACUUUUUUCUUACAAUUUGCAUUUAAACAAAUUUAUAUAUAUUUUUCAUGUAACUUAAAAAAAAGAUUUCUUGCUGUUUUACAUUUUUACAUUUUUAUAGUCUUUUAUUGCCUUGUAUAAUCUAACUGUUUUAAUUGCCAUGAAUAAAUGCUGUUAUCAUUUUAAUGAAA